GUGUAGCCUGGAUCUGCAGCUCUGUGAUUGGCAGGAGCAGUAGGGACGUUCAACGGUGGGAAGGAGCAGAAUAAUUAUGAAAUGGGAUUUUUUAAAUAAACUUGGGCCAGCAAGCAGAAGAAAGACUGACUGAAAAAGAGGAAAGCAACAAAGAUAACUUUGGAAGCACUGAAUGCAGCAAAAUAGGAACAAUGGAUCUCAAGUUCAACAACUCCAGGAAGUACAUCUCUAUCAGUGUGCCGCCCAAAACCCAGACAAUGUCACCACACAUCAAGGCCGUUGAUGACGUUUUAGUACUUGGCAUAAAUCUCAGCAAAUUUAGCAAGCUUACUCAAUUUUUCAUAUGUGUUGCCGGAGUUUUUGUAUUUUACCUAAUUUAUGGAUAUUUACAGGAAUUAAUAUUUUCAAUGGAAGGUUUUAAGCCUUAUGGCUGGUACCUUACUUUAAUGCAGUUUGCAUUUUACUCCAUAUUUGGCCUAAUAGAACUUCAGCUUAUUCAGGACAAAAGAAGAAGAAUACCAGGAAAAACCUACAUGAUAAUAGCUUUUCUAACUGUGGGUACUAUGGGGCUAUCAAAUACUUCCCUGGGCUACCUGAAUUACCCUACCCAAGUCAUCUUCAAGUGCUGCAAACUGAUUCCUGUUAUGGUAGGAGGAGUUUUUAUCCAAGGAAAGAGGUACAAUGUUGUAGACGUGUCUGCUGCUCUGUGUAUGAGCCUGGGCCUGGUCUGGUUCACUCUUGCCGACAGCACAGUUGCGCCAAACUUCAACCUGACAGGUGUGAUGCUUAUUUCCCUGGCACUGUGUGCAGAUGCUGUCAUUGGAAAUGUACAAGAGAAAGCUAUGAAACUUCAUAAUGCUUCCAAUUCUGAAAUGGUGUUGUAUUCGUAUUCAAUCGGUUUCGUGUACAUUUUAUUGGGAUUGACAUGCACUAGUGGACUAGGCCCUGCAAUGACAUUUUGUGCAAAGAAUCCACUUCGGACCUACGGUUAUGCAUUCCUUUUUUCUCUCACUGGAUACUUUGGAAUCUCUUUUGUUUUGGCAUUGAUUAAAAUUUUUGGCGCCCUUCUUGCUGUAACAGUGACAACAGGAAGGAAAGCAAUGACCAUUGUACUUUCAUUUAUAUUCUUUGCUAAACCUUUCACAUUUCAGUACGUGUGGUCUGGCUUGUUAGUGGUCCUGGGCAUAUUUCUCAAUGUGUACAGCAAGAAUAUGGACAAAAUAAGACUGCCAUCAGUGCAUGACCUGAUAAACAGGGUGGUGGAAACAAGAAAGACAAGGGCGUUGGCACAGACGGUGUAAGCACUGCCUUGUCCUAUUUAAAAAUUAACUUCAAGGGAAAAUCAUUAAUUAACUUUUCAAAAGAAUGUGUCCCAAACCAAAGGAUCCGAAGGCAAACUGGCCAUUUAUUACAUGUGAUGUGGUUUUGUGGCCUCAGCCUUUCUUCAGAGCACUUGUUUUACUCUUUGACUUCUGAAAGAACCAAAGCUGCAUCUAGCACAGCUUAAGGAAAAGUGUCAGUGUGAAGGGUCGUCCCAGCAGCUUCCUGAGAAUCUCACCGGAACUGGACCAUGCUGCAGGACCAGCUGGGUAUCACUGUGGCAUAUCGAAGACACUAAUAUGUAAUAUCACAUCGUGUUCUCUUCAUUCCAUUUUGCUGGUGUUACUUGAAUUGAUUCUCUGUUAUAAGAGUAAGUUGAUGAUUUAAGUCUAGAGAGAAUAUUCAUUAUAAAUAAAAUUAUUCUGUGAUAUUUUUAAGGAAUGUUAGUAGGAUUUUGUUAUAGAAGGAAAUAGGGGUUGGUAUAAAGCUUAAUAUGGGCUAUAAAAUUUAGGUCUUGUUCCCACACUAGAAAAGUAUUCUGGGAAAGCAGCUUAAGUCUCACAUACAGUGUAGGUCAGACAGUAAAAGUCAUCACCAUCCUGUAAGUAUGCAUAACAGGAACAUUUGCUACUGUUCACAAAAACGGCCGAAAGAGUAAUGAUUUGGAUUUUCUUUUUAAUUGAAAGAAAGUAACUGUAGUCCCA